AGAAUUUUUAUGUCUGGGAGAAAAUGUAGAUUUACUGAAGUUCAAAUGCUCUUCCGGAUAGGAUUCAUAAAUAAUUUAUUCAUUUAAUCGUCUUGGACACGAACCAUCUUUUAAAAGAUUUUAGGUACAGAAAUAAGCAUAAAUGGCAGAAAAUUUCAGUUUUGAAAGGGUAGAAGAGGAUAAUGUUGAUGAAACUUCAGUACAAUUGGCUACACAAGCUUUACAGAAUCAAGAAAGACUUUUAUUACAUCUAAAAACAACAAACCAGACUCAUACAAACAUAUUUCCUAAAGUUCACACAGCUUUAGAUAGUUUGAGAGAUAUUAAAUCAGAAGUGGAAGGAAGUCAUCAUGAUUAUGUUCCCACCUCUAUUAAUGAAGGACCUAUUCAAGAAUUAAAACAACUGACAUUGAUGCAUGUACCUAGCUCAUUAGAUGAUAAAUCAAAACAACAGUUUCAAACACUUAUUACAGAUCUCAUGAAAGACCAAUGUAUUAAAGUAUUAGCAAGUUUAUUAGUAACAUGUCCAUGGUAUGAGGCAAGUCAGAAAGAACGUGGUGAAAAGGCUAGACAUAAUGUAUUAUUAAUUAUAUAUCUAUGUUACGAUCACCAGGCUAUUACACCAGCUAAUUUACAUAAUCAAAAACAAGGAGAAAUCAUUGAUAAGGGUUGGUGUUGUGUUGUAGAGUUAUCUCAUCUCAGUAGAUUUAUAGUCAAUGGUAGAACACGGUAUAUAGAAGCACUAUAUCAUAGUACCGAAACUUGUAUUUAUCAAAGUCCGGAAUGGAUAGAAUUAAAGGAAUUAUUGAGAUCAUAUCAAAUGAUGGGUUUAAAAGGGUUUAUAGAAUCUAGUAUUGGUCAAGCUAUUGGUGGCGUUGCUAAGAAAAAGAAAAAUGGUGGAAUGAAAAUGAAGGAUGGGGCAACAUUUUUUGAACUUUGUGAAUCAUUCAGAUUAUUGAAUAAUCUAUAUAAUUAUACUCAAGGUCGAUCUACAGUUAAAACUAUCAAUAAAUCAGAUUUACCUAAAGUAGCUCAAACUGCUUUAUCUAAAUUAGUUGGUUUAUAUCAGAAUCCAGAUGGUACAAAACAGGGUUUAUUUGAGUUAUUAAUGACUUGGAAACAAGAUAUACAAGAAGAUCUAAAAGAAAAGUUAUGUUAUACUAGUAUAGCUGAAGUUGAAACUAUAGUUUCUAGUUGGAAGAAAAAAACCCGACUGCAAGGAAGGGAUCUUAUACCUUUUACAUAUAUUGAAGAUGAUGGUAGUAAGCUAUUAAAAUUAAUGGAAACUAUUGGUGGACCAGUUAUAAAACUACAACCAGAACAAAUAUUAUUAAUAGCUCGAGCAGGAAGUCAUAUGUAUGGAUUGUCUACCCCUGAUAGUGAUAUAGAUUAUGUUGUUGUUUAUAGGGAAAUGACUGAGAAAGUUUUAGGAGCAUGCAAGAAAAUUCCAGAAUGUUUUGAAAAUCGUGGACCAUCAAAGAAAUUUGAAUAUGGGGCAUAUGAGGCGAGGUUAUUUUGUGAAAUGGUUUUAAAAGGAAGUGUAGUUAUAUUAGAGUUAAUAUUUGCUGAUGGACAUGAAUAUGCUAGUCCUGCUUGGGAGGCAUUGUGCAGUUAUAAAGAUAAGUUUAUUACUGAACGAGGUAUACAUCAAUAUAUUGGAUUAAUCAGGAAUAAUUUUAAUAUGAUAGAGAGUAAGAAAUAUAUUAAUAGUGGAAGAGAUAGGAAAUUGUUUUAUCAGAUAUUUCAUAAAAUAGACAGCGUAGAAUAUUUGAUUCAAGAUCAACCACCUCCAAUUAAAUGUCAAGGUCAAAUCAAAGAAUUCAUAUUGAAGAUUAGAAAAGAUCCAUUAGAGGGAGAAAUUUCCAGAGAAAACCUGAUAAUAGAAGCUCAAAGAAGAUUUGAUAAUUUAAAUAAAGCUUUAGUAGACCGAGAUACUCGAUUAAAAGAAAAUACAGAUUUUAGGUUUUUAGCUAAUUGGUUAAAAGGUGUAAGAGGAAUACCAAGUUAAUGAAUAUCCUUAUAAAGUGUUUGUUAUUUUAAGGUGUUUAAUUGGAUAACAAACUGAAAGAUACUUGAUAACAGAAUAACAAAAAAAUGUUAAAGAGGAGGCUUUUCAUUAUCUAAUUUGUGUCUGAACUAAUUUUUUAGCCAAUUAUUUAGAUAUUUAUUAGAUUUAGCUUAAAACUAAAUGAAUGUCAUCAAAAAACAUAAGGACACGUUUCUUUAAAAAUCGAGCAGUUUCACUAACAUCUGAAUGAUCUACAGAAUAUUACUCCAACUAGAGGAGACAUUUUAUAUAUAAUACUUUCCUUUUCAGAUAUUUCAUAAUAUGACACAAUUACCAUUUUAACCAAGCAAGAUUUCUUUUAUCUCUGAUUUCGAAAUACUUAAGUCUUUAGUCAGUUAAAAAACACAUUCUUAUAUAUUACUGUAAGAUCUCAUAGAAUCUUUUGAUGGUUCUAAUGCUGAGGCCUUGCUUUGUUCUAGUGUAUGUUGCCAAAUGUUCCUGAAACAAAGUACUAGAUAUUGUUCUUUUGGAUUUAAUUUUAUGUAUUCUACCUAUGACCAAUAUGAAACCUACACAUCUUAGAGAAUGAAUAAUGGCAAUUUUGAUAGGAUUCAAUCUUUUUCCCACCAUGCUUGUUAUCCUUGAUCUCCACAUUGUUAGUGAACGGGGAAAAUAGUAGUUUUAAAAGUAUAUAGUCAGAAUAAAGUAAAUAUCUAGGUGACUUUAUCACUUUAAAAUUUGAUUUAUUAUGAAAUCAUUUCUUCAAUUAUUUAUUAUCAUUUUAAUUUUUUUUUAACAAUUUAUUUUAUUGUGUAUUUGUGAACUGUUUAUGUUCUGUGAUAUCUUUAUUUAUUAAAGCUUUAUAAUUC